AUGGCUGAUUAUCUUCUUUCACAACGCGCGAGCCAACAGGUUGGAGAGAAAUGGGUAUAUAAUCUCAUUCAACGUCGCCCAGAGAUCGAAUCAAAAUUUUCACGGAAAUAUAACUACGAGCGUGCUAAAUGCGAAGAUCCGAAGAUAAUCCAAGAAUAUUUUGAUCGCACUGGCUUUGCUAUGGGAUUCUGUGUGACUGCAAAGGUUAUCACUGGAAGUGAUCGAUAUGCUCGGCCGAAGCUAUUACAGCCUGGUAAUCGAGGAUGGGUAACUGCAAUUGAAGCAGUUGGUUCGAUUGAAUGGGCCUUGCCUUCGCUGGUUGAGGAUCUCAAUGUUAGCGAUAAUGGAUGGACAACAGAUAAGAUUGGAUUAGAAUGGCUUAAAACUCAUUUUAUUCCUCUUACCGAUGGCCGUACAUUGGGGAAAUAUCGGAUGUUGAUUCUUGAUGGUCAUGGAAGCCAUUUAACUCCUGAAUUUGAUCGGAUAUGCACUGAGAAUAAUAUUAUUCCAGUCUGUAUGCCUCCUCAUUCCUCACAUCGUUUACAGCCUCUUGAUGUUGGCUGUUUUGCUGUUUAA